AUAAUUGUAUCCUCUGGGAAGAGAGAGGCACACAAAUUGAUCAAUGGCACUUCCAUUAGAUGUUGAUCCUUCCUUUGGAGUAAUCCGUAAUGAUCAUACUCCUACAAUUAGGGCACAUGAACAACCAUUUGUUAAAAGUCAUGAAGCCAUCCUCAGUUUCAACAGAACCACUGAAACUGCAACAACAAGCACUAGCACUACACAGCAGACCGUCGCUUAUCAAAACUAUGAUUAUUAUCUACCCUUGUACAACGCUGCAUUGAAAGGCAAUUGGGAAGCUGCAAAAACAUUUAUUGAGAAUGACCCCGGUGCAGCUACAGCAAGGAUCAACCGAGUUUCAUUCACCGCGUUACAUGUGGCAGCAGGCGAAGGGCGGUGGGAGUUUGUGGAGAAGCUGGCGGCCAUCAUGCCUGUGGAGGCACUCGCAAUGCAGGACCAGGCAGGGUACACUGCCCUCCACCAUGCUGCCAUAGCCGGAAGCAUGAAGACAGCUGUGGCUUUGGUCAAACGAAAUCCUUCUUUGACUAAUGUUUUGGAUGGCUCGGGGCUAACUCCACUGCUCGUUGCCGCUAGGUAUCUGUAUGGAAGCUAUGAAAUUUUGUGGUAUCUUACUUUGGUGACUCAGGACGAGGAACCAGGCCUUCCUUUCACUGGUCCUCAUGCCAUGGAACUCGUUCUUAUGCUUGUUUUGGCAGACAUUUUGCUGUAUCUACUCCAACGUUAUCCUGGCUUAGCUACCAACACCGCCACCGGGACUGGGGGUACUUCUCUUCUUUCUCUCCUGUCCCUCACUCCUUCAAACUUCUUGAGUGGCACUAGGCUUGGAUUCUGGGAAAGUUUCUUUUACUCAGUUAUCCCGGUGAAAAAUAGCUAUGAACCCCCACAUUCUGUUAGAAGUCUUGCGGAGGAUGGUCAUGGAGAAGGCUCUGUACUACUUCGACUACAAGGACUACUCUUUAGCAUUUUGAGCCAGAUAACACCAAGUUUUAUCAGGCGACUCAUAGAAGCAAAACAUAGACAUCAUUGUGCCGUGGAAUUAUUCAAACAAGCUUGCACAAAGAUCCACGAAACCCAUGGUUCUCUGACCGAGUAUUUCCGUAACAGAAGAUUAAUCCAAUUCCAGGCCACAACGUUUGGGAUAGCCGAAAUCUUGAAGAUAAUGUUUAAUCUUUGUCCUGAUCUAAUGUGGGUUUCUAUGGAGGACUUCAAAUUCCCGAUUCAUGUUGCUAUCGAGUACAGGCGGGAAAAUAUUUUCAGUUUCUUGUGCGAAAAGAAUAUGCGUGUUAAAGUACAAGCGGAUCGUUCUGAUAGAUCAGGGACCGUCAUGCAUUUAGCGGCGAAAUUGGCGCCUUUCGAUCAACUAUCGUCUGUUUCUGGUGCAGCUUUCCAAAUGCAGAGAGAGAUGAAGUGGUUCAAGGAGGUGGAAAAGUUGGUUCGCCCUUAUAGCAAAACAUUACUUAAUGAGAGAGGAAAAACUGCCAAGGAGUUGUUCACAGAGGAGCACAAAAAGUUGGCUGAGGCUGGAGAGAAGUGGAUGAAGGACACAUCGAAUUCUUGUAUGAUUGUCGCGACUCUGAUUGCGACGGUUGUGUUUACGGCUGCAUUCACAGUGCCGGGAGGUAACAAUAGCGACACCGGGGUUCCAAUUUUCUUGCGGACUAAUGCAUUCUUGGUGUUUGCAAUUUCAGAUGCACUAGCACUCUUUUCGUCUUUAACUUCGGUUUUGAUGUUCUUGUCGAUCCUAACUGCACGUUAUGCCGAAGACGAUUUCCUUCGGUCUUUGCCGAAAAGGCUGAUCAUAGGCCUUGCGUCGCUCUUCCUUGCAAUAACCACAAUGAUGAUUGCUUUUGGUGCAACACUUUCUAUUGUCCUUAGCAAGAGACUAGACUGGAUUUCUGUCCCGACUGUUUUGCUUGCUUCGGUCCCGGUGGCUAUUUUUACUUUGCUACAACUUCCAUUGUUUAUCGAAAUGGCUCGAUCAACAUUUGGGUUUACCUUUCGCCCUCAAAACCUUUAGCGAUUCAUCUUGGAUGUUGAAAAGUCGUUCUUCAUCAAUUGGUUUUCAGGUUUUUUUUUUUUUUUCCUUCCCAUAAGCUAUAAAUAAAUUCAUUCUUCAUAUAG